AUGGAGGUGACAUUCGCACAAGGGGAACAGUUUACAGACAAAUUACGAGAGCUCAGUCUGAUUAACGUUACUUUUAAUGAAACCCUUAAUAUACGGCAGUGUGAUAAACUACAAAAACUGCAGCUGGCCACAUUAACAUUUCCUGACGACUUCCACCUGGACCUGUCCUCCUGCACGGACCUGACUGAAGUAACACUACAGAAUCUCCGUCUCCACCAUGUGACCAUAGCCCCGGCCCAGGUGGAGAAGUUCUGGGUCUACAUCAAGGCUGACAUGCUGGAGAAGACACCCCCAAUGGAGGUGACAUUCGCACGCGGGGAACAGUUUACAGAGAAAUUACGAAAGCUCAGUCUGUACAACGUUACUUUAAAUGAAACCCUUAAUAUACGGCAGUGUGAUAAACUACAAAAACUGCGGUUGGGCACAUUAACAUUUCCUGACGACUUCCACCUGGACCUUUCCUCAUUCACGGACCUGACUGCAGUAACACUACGAAAUCUCCGUCUCCACCAUGUGACCAUAGCCCCGGCCCAGGUGGAGGUGUUCUGGGUCUACAUCAAGGAUGACAUGCUGGAGAAGACACCCCCAAUGGAGGUGACAUUCGCACAAGGGGAACAGUUUACAGAGAAAUUACGAAAGCUCAGUCUGUACAACGUUACUUUAAAUGAAACCCUUAAUAUACGGCAGUGUGAAAAACUACAAGAACUGUGGUUGGGCACAUUAACAUUUCCUGACGACUUCCACCUGGACCUGUCCUCCUGCACGGACCUCGCUGAGAUCUAUUUUGUGAACCUUCGUCUCCUGCAUGUGACCAUCGCCCCGGCCCAGCUGGAGGUGUUCUGUGUAUCUAUCAAUAAUCAGAUGCGGAAGAAGACACCGCCUAUGGAGGUGACAUUUGCAAAUGGUGAACACUUUACAAAGAAACUACGAAAGCAAAGAAUGGACAAUGUUCGCCGUACCACAUGUACAUUAUCGUAAAAGAUAAACGUGAAAUUAAGUUAUUUGAAAAAUGCUAAGGGUAAGUAAUCUGGACGUUAUCAGUAUAAAUGUCAUUUUCAUGAACAAUAUAUUUUUAUUAAUAUACCCCACGGUUACAUCAGUUGAAUAGCUAAGAUUUGUGCAAGUUAUCCAAUAUAUCUUAAACAUUUAAAAAAAAUGAAUUUACUUUUCUUUUUUACUUCUUAAAGCUGCACACUCACAGAUUAACCAUUUUUACAACUUUUUUAAUUUUUGUCUUGGAAAGAGCAAUUUUUUACGUAAAUAUCUGCAAACCAAUGAUAAAAGAUUGCUGACAAAUGAUCGGAUCGCAGAUUUGCAUAUUUCCGUUCGAAAAUUAAUGUUUAAUGGCUUUAACCUUACUAACGGUUAAAGUAAAAUGCAUAAAACCUUAACCUAAAUCUGAGAUCUAAUAUUUUGUCAGCAGUCUUAUACAACUGGUUUCCAUGGAUUUUCGCAAAAAUUGGCUUGUUCCAAGACAAAAAAAGUUGUCAGAACGUUCAAUCUGUGAGAGUGCAACUUUAAAUAUGUUUUUCAUAUCUUGUAAAUAUUUUGAUUUAUUAUUUAAUUAAACAUUGUUUUACCCCGUGAAUCACAGUCCUAGGAACAGCUUUGCUUACAGGUGUAUUAUAUCAAAAGACAUAUUUUGUGCAAAUAGAUUGUUGGAUCAAGUGGGAUACUUUAGAUAAACAUAAAAUGCUCGUAAUAUUGUAUAUAACUACUCGGGUUUAUGAAAGUAAUACUAACUGUGUAAAUGUAAGGAUAAUUCGAAUACUUGGCCGAUUGUUCGGAACAUUGUUCAAGUUAACAACGUUGUUAACGUAAUCGCUUACGUUCAGAUCGUUGUUGCUUUGAAAAUCUAAUGGAUUUAAUCGAUGUCUGCUGUAUAUCUUAAAAAAGAUUUAAGACCGCCCAAGCAGCUGUAUGUUAUAUAUUUCAUAUAAAUACGCGAGCACAUAAUGAAAUAGUUAAUUUUUAAACGUUAUUAUCGAUGUCGUUAAUCACAUUGAUUACUUCGACAAAAUUCUGAAAAAUCGAGCCAGUGUUUACAACACCAGUGAAAAUCAAACUAAAAGUUAUAACAAUAUUCAUUAACAUUGAUAGUUAUAGCAAUAGUCAUUAACAUUUAUAGUUAUGGCAAUAUUUCUUAACAUUUAUGGUUACACCAAUAUGCAUUAAUAUUUAUAGUUACACCAAUAUUCAUUAACAUUUAUAGUUACACCAAUACUCAUUAACUUUUAUUGUUAUAGAAAUAUUCAUUCACAGUUUUGCAAUCUGAUAACAUACAUGUUUAAUUAAUGCUUAUUAAGGAUGAGAGUGGUCUGUUUUAAGUAAAUAUUAAAAUAAUUGGCAAAUGUAUAGUAAACGCAUUGAUAGAGGUAGCUUUGAUAUAAUAAUGCGUGUAUAUGCUCUUAAGGUAAACCAUCCAUCAUAAAUUCAUUGCUAAUGGUUUCAUUUUAAAUUUGCUAAAUGUUUAAAAAAAAUUUUUUUUAAAAGUAUUCACAAAAAGCUAGUGCAAUUUUGAUGUAUUUGAAAAACGUAAUUCAUGCAAAAUUAUAUAACGGCUAGUCAAAUAUGAAUUCGACAUAGAAAUAAUCUUGAUUUUACUAUCUAAAAUGCACAAACACGCCCUUGAUCCAAAUGAUGGACGGUUAACCUGAAUGCACUAACACAUCUUAGCAAAAUGAUCAAUGGCUUACGUUAAUGCACCAACACAUAUUUGCAUCCUAAUAAUGGGUGGCUUACCUUAAUGCACCAUUACAUGUUUGUAUCCUUACGAUAGAUGGCUUACCUCAAUACACUAACACAUAUUUGCAUCCUUACGAUGGAUGGCUUACCUUAAUGCACCAACACAUAUUUGCAUCCUAAUGAUGAGUGACUUACCUUAAUGCACUAACACAUAUUUGCAUCCUAAUGAUGAGUGACUUACCUUAAUGCACUAACACGUCUUUGCAUUCUUAUUAUGUCCGAAAUGCAUAAACAAAUCUUUGCACCCUAAUGGUGGAUGGCUUACCUAAAUGGACUCACACUUUUUUGCAUCCUUAUUAUGGAUGGCUUUCCUUAAUGUACUAACACAUCUACGCGUCCUUAUGAUAGAUGGUUUGCCUUAAUUUACUAAAACAUCUUUGUGUCCUUAUGAUGGAUGGCUUAACUUAAUGCACCAACACAUAGUUGCAUCCUUAUUAUGGGUGGCUUACCUUAAUGCACUAACACAUCUUUGCAGCUUGAUGAUGGAUGGCUUACCUUAAUGCACUAAAACAUCUUUGCAGCUUGAUGAUUGAUGGCUUACCUUAAUGCACCAACACAUCUUUGCAGCUUGAUGAUGGAUGGCUUACCUUAAUUCACUAACAUAUCUUUGCAUCCUAAUGAUGGGUGGCUAACCUUAAUGCACUAACACAUCUUUGCAUCCUUAUAAUGGGUGACUUACCUUAAUGCACUAACUAGUCGUUGCAUCCUUAUUAUGGGUGGCUUAGCUUAAUGCACUAACACGUCUUAGCAUCCUAAUGAUGGGUGGCUUACCUUAAUGCACUAACAAGUCUUUGUAGCCUAAAGAUGGAUGGCUUACCUAGUGACUUACCCUUAUGCACUUACACGCCUUUUCGUCAUAAUAAAGGAUGGCUUACCUUAAUGCAAUAACACAUCUUUGCAGCUCGAUGAUGGUUUACUUACCUUAAUGCACUAACACGGCUUAGCAAUCGAAUAUUAGAUAGCAUACCUUAAUACAUUUACACUUCUUUGCAGCAUAAUGACUGAUGGCUUACCUUAAUUGACUCACACCCCUUUGCAGCAUCAUGACGGAUGGCUUACUUUAAUGCACUAACACGUCUGUGCAGCAUAAUGAAGGAUGGCGUACCUUACUUCACUCACACAUCUUUGCAGCAUAAUGAAGGAUGGCUUACCUUACUUCACUCACACAUCUUUGCAGCAUAAUGACGGAUGACUUACCUUAAUGCACUUACACAUCUGUGCAGCAUAAUGACAGAUAGCUUACCUAAGUUCACACACGCACGCACGCACGCACGCACGCACGCACGCACACACACACACACACACACACACACACACACAUCUAUGCAGCCUUAUGAUUGAUGAAUAACCUUCAUGUCGCUCCAAAAAACGAACAUUCAACAAUUCGCAUAGAUACCGUCCACGCAAAUAUGGCUGAAACUAGUUUUGUCACCAUUUUAAACAAUGAAUUCUAAAGAAGGGAUGAAUGUGUUUGAAAACGAAACUAUUGACAUAACAAUGUAUAUUUACAUGUAUUUUGUUUAGAAUCGACAAUUAUAUGUCCACUAGAAUUUGCUAUAUAGUUUUCUAUAUGCUAUCUCUUUGGUGUAAUUCUCUGUAUAUUUUGUUUGCCAUGAACUUUAAAUUAUGCAUGUAUUCACAUUAACUGUUGGAUCUCAUGUAGAUGGUAGAUAUUGUCAAUAAUAUUGUAAUUUUCAUUACGAACCUAUGUUUAAUAAUGUUGAUCAGAUGGUCAUCUAUUAAGACGUCAUUUCAUAUGUAAACACACUUCAGAGUGUACUUAUUGUCAAGGAAUCUAUUUUGUUCAUGUAUUGUGCUUGCAUUUCAUCAUGAUUUGAUUUGCAAUUUAGUAGAAUGUAAAUUUGAAGAUGAAGCAUAUGUUUCAUCUGUUAUGAUAAAAGAAGGAACUUUAACAAACGGGUUGAUUUUCGUCGGUUAAAAGUGGUCACAAUGUGAUCACAGUCACUUGGAAUUUCUAAACCAAACAUCUAUUUAAUGAGUGGUCAACAUUUUGUUUUGUCCUUUGAAAAGGAAAUACUUCUCAAGUGUUCUGAUGUUUCUGACAUUUAUUUCAAUACAUAAGCAGUUUGACUUUUAUCAGAUAAGGCGGUAAAAAUGAAUAUUGACUGGUCAAGAAAGUGGGUAGUUUACAAAAUAGUAUGUUGACCACUAAAACAUUGUAUACGUUCUUAUGUUUGUAAUUACGUACUAACAAUUUUUAACCAUUACAUACUCAGUAAAUAUCUCUUUACUUUACAGCGAAAUGGACAUGAGCAUGAGUCAUAUAGUUGUUUAUUUGUGUCUUUUUUGAACACAUGAGGUAUUUGUAGUGAUCUUUUUCUUUAUCCAUCUGAACACCUCGGCCAUUUUCCAUCGAAAACUACCUCUGAUAUAUAUUGGCGGUUGACAUUGUCAGAAUGUUUACAUUUAAGUACGCUACAAGUUGAUCGCGUAGUAAUUAAAAUGUAGCAGUUUAACCAAUGGCUUUCCUCUAGGAACCUUAAUAAGUUAUGCACUAAUACACUUCAAUGGCAAUUGAACUUGAACAUAGUAGUAAACAAUACACAUUUAACACUGAAACUACUUCCGAUGUUGUUUUCUAUGGAAAAUGGCUGAUGUUUUGCAAAUGCGCAUGAAGUUGCGCCAGAAGACCACCAGACAUCUCUGGUACCUGACUCUCAGCACUCUGUUGUCUCCUUGCGCCAGAAGACCACCAGACAUCUCUGGUACCUGACUCUCAGCACUCUGGUGUCGCAAUGCACCAGAAGACCACCAGACAUCUCUGGUACCUGACUCUCAGCACUCUGGUGUAGCCUUGUGCCAAAAGACCACCAGACAUCUUUGGUACCUGACUCUCAGCACUCUGGUGUCUCCUUGCGCCAGAAGACCACCAGACAUCUCUGGUUCCUGACUCUCAGCACUCUUGUGUCGCAAUGCGCCAGAAGACCACUAGACAUCUCUGGUACCUGACUCUCAGCACUCUGGUGUCGCUUGUGCCAGAAGACCACUAGACAUCUCUGGUACCGGACUCUCAGCACUCUGGUGUCGCCUUGGCAUUAGCUUUCAGUCUUGGUGAAGUGAAAUCAACAAAGUGGCAGACAUCAGGCAGUGGAAUGCGAACCACUGCAGGAAAAUUCAGUACACGUUUCACAUACGAAAAUGUAGAGAUACCAGUUGCUACUUACCAAAGCGGACCACGAGGUCAGGAAUUAUCAUUACAGGGACUUCCGGAUCCUAUCCUGGACAAAGAUGAUCAACAUUAUAGUUUAAAGGUCACACAAGGACAGUAUCGUCAAGGUGACUGAUAAAUCUGAUCGGCCUUAGUCAAAGCCUAUGGUAGCUUCAGCUCAGACACUCGGGAUGUAAAUGCAACAAUGAGACACCAGCAUAACAAGGAAAACCUUCCCUUAAAUACUGUGUACAAAACUGGGAGUGAACGAUCGUUUUUUCUUUUACAUCUAUUGUAAUUGAAUAUUUCUAGUAGUGCUUAUAUAAUAUUUAAACAGAUCAAUUGUCAUUGUAUUUCUUGUGUUGAAGUUUGUUUAACUGUGCAUUUAGUACUAUAUAUGAUAACACUUACUGACUUUUUCAUUUAGUAAUUGUGAUGUGUUUUAUUUCUUCAGCGAGCUGUCACUCACCAACUUUAGGAAACAUCCCUGAUCAACGUCUCUUCCAGUUCAUGUUGAUACUGACCAAGCCAGCAGCAGUACCGCUGAUCUUUAUCCAUAUGCUCUUGAGGAUAAAUAAGAAGUCUCAUCUGAAGCGCCUGACCAUUCUGUUGAACAUACCAGUCCAGCUGCGGAGGGACUUAUUGGACCAACUUACGGAACCAACCAUCUCAUUGAUUGCUCAAACAGGACAUUGUUGAAUGUAACGACCCUCGGCUGUACUACAGUCGCAACACUUUAACAUGCGAACCAAACCUACUGAAUGCUACUUGUAUAUCUUCAAUUCAAUUUUACCUGUGGAACUCCCAUAACAGAGUGGUAGUAGCUAGAAAACGUUUGGAAACUCCGUAGUUAUAUCCUUUUAGGCAAGCAAAUUAUUUAACGGAAUAAACGUGUGUUGUGAUUCUGGGACAUUGGUAGUGUUAUUGAUAGCUCUUCGAAAACUAAAAACAAACCUGGGUGUCCCAUUUAUGAGAUCUUCAUGAAAAUGGAAAAGAUCCAAUCGCCAAGCGCCCAUAUUGUAAAUAAAACAUGAAGUAGACAACUGGAACAUUCAUAAGAAUAUGUUGCAAUAUGAAUAUCAUGCUCAAUGACAAUGAAUGUAUAAAAAAAUUGAGAAUAUUAAAAACCAGAAUUCUGUUCAGAUUUUGUAUAAUGUUAUAGCAAAAAAUACUCUUGGUAAAUGGGCUUUGUAGGCUGUUGUGUUUUCAAGAAAUAAAUCCAGGCUUUUGUGUCAGCCAUGGGAUCGUUAUUGCGAACAUUAUGCAACGCGGUUAACCUCCAUCAUAACUAAAGUGUUCAGUAAAAAACCCAAAUGAAACUUUUUACAAACGAGCAAAAUACACAAGUAUUGUAAUGUUCAUUACUAGUUUAAAUUAUCAUUAAAAUGCCCCUUUUAAAUGAUGAAAUUAUGAAGGAGCAUUGGCGUUUCUUCCGCAGCACUUCCAUUUGAAAGAUUCAUAAUAUUGAGUGGUCGGAAGCAAAGUCCUUAUUUCAAGAGUAACACUUGUAUUGAUAGGUUUAGAAUCUGUGAAUCCCAAACCAAAGUUUGUGUUGAUGUCUGGAAGAAGAAAGUGUGUUUUUGUAUGAUUUUAAUUAGAUACAACAGCUGUUUUCUUUGUUAUAAUCUCUGAUCAUUUACUUUAUAUAUAUUUUUUUUUAUAACUUUGUGUGUAAAAAUUGAAUUGUUUGUAUAAAAAAAACAGCUUGACCUAAUGUUUAAAUGAAUUGGAGACGGAAAGAAUAAAAAUGUGUUUUUGUGUGUAUUUUUGUAGGAAUUUCCGAAAUAAAACUGAAUAAAAUGCUAAAUACAGAA